UAAUUAAUAUAUUAUAUUACGUGAAAAGAGUAUAUAUAGAUAUUAAAAUUUUAGUCUAAACAUAUUUUUUAAUGCAUCAUGUGACAAUGUCAUAUGUGCUAUGCUGUAGCCGGAUGUUUUCUCGUGUCAAACCUAAGUUACAAAUUUAAUUUUUAUAAUUUAAUUUUAUAUUUAUUUAUUUAAUUUUUAUUUCUCAAUUAUAAUUAUAUAUUAUUGGAUUAACAAAUUCAUGCCGAUUCUCUUAACAAAAAAUUCAAACACAAAAUUUCGCAUUAAGAAUUAAUGCAAAGUUUCGCGUUACCAGAAAGUUCAUGCGGAUUUUUUGGCAAAGUUCAGACGCAAAACUUUAUAUUAAUUCUUACUGUUUUGCAUUUACAUUUUGCCGACGGAGUUGGACUUUCACUCCAAUAUAGGUAUCAAUUAUUAAAAUAUUUUUUUCUUCGACGUAAUUAAUUGAUACGGAUAUUGUAAUGUCAAAGUUAUAAGUGUUAACGUAAUGUGGCACCAAGUUAAAUAAAAUAUUUUCAAAAGAAAUUUAUCCAAUCCAAGUUAGUGAUGUGAUAUUAAAUAAACAUUAGCAUGUUUGUAAUAAAUUAUUAUAAUAAAUUUAUAAUAAAUGAUUAUACCGUUAAUUUAAUUAGCAUAAAAAUUCAAAAGCAACAAAUGAAGAUAUGUUAAAGUGCAGUAUGUUUAUUAUUAUAUGAAAUUAUAAGUUUACUUUAUUUAUGUAUUUAAAUUAAAGAUUAUAAUAAUUUGUAAUAUUUUCUUAAAUAUUGAAAAUAUUUGAAAGUACCUCUUUGCUGCUCCAAUAUAAUUAACUGAGCGUGUAUGUCUCAAUAUCAUUAAUAUGAUUAGAAGAAUAAACUGAAUACCUCAUUUAAACAAUAAGCAGAUGAAUGAAAAAUAAGUACAUGACAAGAGAUACAGCCAGGUAUGCACGUGCACAUGCCAUAUUGGUUCACAUCGAAGUAUACACCUCGGUGGCACAAGAUCGACUGACGCGUCGAAGGGUAUAGCUAUCUACUGCGCUUGCGCUCAUAUAAACUAAAGGGUGAAAUAUAUUUAUACAUUUUUGCUUUAUUACGCUCAGCAAUUUACUUAACUCGUGAAAUGGUGCUUUUAUACUUUAUGUCGAUAUUUCUGCAUUAUUUGAUACAUUUAGAGUAGCAUCUGCUUUUCACGUAUAAUAAAACCACAUUACAUUUGAGAAAUUACUAAACAUUCACUCUUAUGUAGUUUUAACAACAGCGUGUCCGAUAGUAGAAAUUUGAUAGGAAAAAAGACACAGUCAGAAGUUUCAUCAGAAGGUCAGUCGAUCGUUUCAUUGACAAAGCUGCUCCAUUUGUCUCUCUAAAUGCUAUUUGCUGGCGAACGUUAUUUAAAGCUACAUCGAAUUAUAUUCAUUGCUUUGGGAUUAUGGCCGUAUCAGAAAUCAUUCAUCUGGCGAAUACAAGCAGUUUUCUUCUUUAGUGCAUACUGCUCCACCUUCUUUUCUCAGUCGUUGACGUUUGUAACGAUGGCAUGUAACAUGGAUUGCACUCUAAAAAGAUUAUCUUUUUUUUUUGUUUAUUUUAUACAAAUCCUGAGUUACUAUUCUUUUUAUUUCAACUCUGAAAUUAUAAAGAAAGCUUUAAAACAUAUGCAGUUUGAUUGGAAAUUGUUUGAAAACAGUGAAGCAAUGAAUAUAUUUGAAGAAUAUCUCUUUGAAGCUUAUAUUUACAUAUUUUCAGCAAUUAUUUUCGUUGGUUUGGCUUCAAUCGUAUUUCUAACUUUUGAAUGUAGAGCUGUGAUUCUUGAUAUUAUCGCACCAAUGAAUGAAUGCCGACCACGUAAAACUGAAAUAGAUUUGGAACUUUUCGUCAAUGAAGAACAAUAUUUUCAUUUGUAUGUAAUACAAGAGACAUUAGGGAGCUUUAUCGCUAAUUUGUCGAUAAUUGCAAUCGGAAUGUUUUUCGCUAUAGUAGCAAAACACUUAUGUGCAACAUAUAAAAUUGCUAGUUGUUUAAUCCGAAAUGCAGUAACCAUCCGUACGCUACAACUUCCUGUUGCUCAAAGAAUGCUAUUUAUGCAUCGAAGCAUUUGUCUUUCAGUUCACAUUCAUAGAAGAAGCAUGCAAUUCACCAAUAACUUGAUAAUAUCGUUCAAUGUGUGGUAUUUCCCAUUACUUUUAUUUUGCGUACUGUCUUUAAGUUGCAUUAUGUUUCGCCUAUAUAAUGCUAUAAUACUGUUCAAUGACUUCUUUGAGAUUUUCCUGUCCUGCCUGAUGUUCUUUAGCUGUAUCGCAUAUAUGUUCGUGGCAAAUUUUCUUGGGCAAUCUUAUAUCGAACACAGUGCAGAAGUAUUAGAAUCUAUAUAUGAUACUCUUUGGUAUGUAGCGCCAUUACCAGUCCAAAAAUUGUUCUUAAUUAUGCAAAAAUCUGUAAAGAGUCACAAAUUAAUAAUGGGUUCUCUUUUUGUACUAUCUAUAGAAGGAUUCUCUACGCUUAUAACUUCGGCUGUGUCAUAUUUUACUGUCAUGCAUGCCAUGCGGUCACGAGUAUAAAAUGACGACAAAGUAGCAAAGAAGAUUUGUGGAGAGCAACGCUUAUUUAUUCAAAAUAAUUAUUCCUGCAAAGACAAGUGAUGAGAGCUCUCGAAGAAUUUAACUAUAUGUAUUAUACAGUGUACGUCACAAAUAUGUGUAAUUGGCACAUAUCAAAUAUUUUGAAUACAUUAUCUCAUUAUAUUUGGUAGCAUAAAUUUUGAACAUGCUAUAUGGAAAAUAUUAUUUGCUAAUUAUUAUAUUGUAUUUAUAAAGCACUCAUUAUUAAAUAUAUUUGGUAGCAUAAAU